AUGGCGGCCAGGGUGCACCACCACCAUCACUACCCCGUGCUGGUGUCGGCAGCGGCGUCGCCUGCUAGGUCGCAGGACAUGCGACUGAGGCGGUCGCCUCCGCCCGCCAAGACGGAUGACAGGCGGCUGAGGCGGUCUCCGCCGGUGUCGGUGGAGAAGGCGCGGCGGCAGGGGCGGCCGUCGCGGGGCGGGGCUGCGGUGGCGGGGACGGCGGCAGGGACGGCAGCGGGGUGCGCGGCCGCGUGCGCGGCCGCGUGCGCCUGCUUCCCGUUCGCGGUGCUUGAGCUCGCCGUCCUCGCCACCGUGCGCGCGCCCGCCGCGAUGUGCCGCCGCACCAUCCGCGAGCGGCGCAACCGGCGACGCGAGGCCCGGGCCAUGCGGAAGAAGGAGAUGGAGGGCGUCAUCCUCGGCGGGGACGCGUCGCCCAAGUCGGUGGCCGCGACCCAGGAGAAGCACGCCGCGCUGAAGGCGGAGGAGGAAGAGGAGCACGGGUGGUGCCAUUGGCCGGUCAAGCCCGCGGCGGCGGCGGUGGCUGCGGCCGAGGAGCUCGCCGAGGCGGAGAAGGAGGUGUGGGAGCGCUUCUACGGCACCGGCGGCUUCGGGAGGAGCCCGUCGGAGCACGAGGAAACGUGGUGAUCGCUCGGCGCGCGCCUUGUCCGGCGGGCGGUCUCGUCGGCCUAGUCGGUUUCUUGGCCUUCCUCCCUCCCUUCUUGGCGGAGAGAAACCAAACUCCACUUUUUUAAAUUUUGCGAUUAACGUAGCGUUAGUUGCAACUCUGUUCGUGUUUCUCUUCUCCCAAAUUUUGCCUAAUUGGGAGGAAUGAAAAGAAACCAUGCUGCUAGCUUGCUUAGGAAAAAUUACAUAAACACGGUGCACCUUUUUCC